ACGUAAUUCUGGAAUGUGCUAGAGUGGGCGUGUUUAUUGCUACCUGUGGUAUUGCGUAUGACUAUGACGACACUAACUACGUCGUAAUAAACACCAAUCGGAUAUAAUUUACGACGAGUGUUGGCGAAGCAUCAUAUCGAAGAAGUUCGGUGAGGAAUCGACAUCGGAAACAAUCGUAAAGAAAAACACCACCAAAACUUGAAAUAGAUUGUAGCUCAAAUGAAUAGCGAAACCAAAAAAGACAAGUGCAGUUGCAAAGAACUUAAAGAGAAGUAUGAGCUUUGCGUCAAAGACAACGAACGUUUAGCUAAAAUAAUCCGAAAUUUACGACAAGAAAAUGAUAAUUUGAACUAUGAAUUCCGAAAUCAAACUUCGCGCCUUUUCGACAAGAGUUCGCAUACGGCCGGAGGGGAGGACAAACGUAAACAAAAAUACAAUGUUUUACUCGAAAUUAAUCAUGGCUGGAAAAACGAUUACGAACAAUUGGAAAUGCGGUUUAAAAUGGUUAAAAAAGAGAGAGAUUUACUUGUAGGAGAGAUAAAAAGUGUAAAAGCACGAAUUACCGAACUUGAACAGAGACAAAGUCCUUUAGAAGACGAAUUAGGACGAUUAGCUUCGACUCUGUACGCGCAGCAAAGUGUACAUAUUAAUUGCGGCAAAGACGAUGAGGAAGAAAAAUAUGAAAUGUUAAAGUCGCAAAUACUCGCUUAUAAAGAAGACUUUGACCGCGAGCGUAAAGACAGAGAAAAAUUACACGAUGAAAAGGAAAUGUACAAACAAAAGCUUGAGGACUCUGAGGAAAUUAUUAGACAUCUUACAGCAGAACUUGAUGCUUGCAAAGGACAUGAGAUUGCUCGCCCGGGUGGUUGGUCUGAAAAUGGCUUCCUUAGUGAGCGUACAACUAGUUCUCAGCCAAAUCUGUAUACGUAUUCAUAUAGGCCAGUUGAUCAGCAUUGGCGACUCGAGCAGCAAAGAAGGGGAAUUUAUCCUCGAAGGCCUUCUACUGCUAUGUUUUACGGGGGUGAUGUGGAAGUGGACGAGUUGCUAGCAUAGAAAGUGUGAUGCUUAGAUAUGCUACUGCAUCUGAAGUUGAACUAUGCGUAAAGUAUAAUUUCAUGAAUUUGAACUACACAAAUUAUCGCAUUGACGUAUAUUUAAUCAAUAGGCAACUAAAUGUAUAUAUAUUUACGACUUUUACGGAUUUCAUUUAUAAAAUAAUAUUUACAGUAUAUAUAAUUAUAAAUUGUAUCUAUAUAAAAUAAACUUAUUUAAAAAACUCACUAUUUAUGUAUAUGUAUUUAUUUAAAUCAUAAAUAAAACCGUUUUUUAUCGAAUGGA